CAAGUCCAAUCGUUCUGGCAGAUACGUAGUGACGUAAGGACGUAAGGACGAAAGGCAGGCGCGCUGUCAGCCGGAAGCUCUGAUAGGGGAAACAUAGUUGUUAUCGUGUGUUGUUAUUUGUGAUUGUGCAUGAACAUUGUGUCGACACUGCUAAAACAAGCAAAACUGACCCCUGCUCAGUUUUCUGGAGGAAAGCGACCAGUGUGUUAAACCGAUCGCUAUAUAUAGCUAACCAAACACCAUUGGAUCGACUGUGGAGACCAGGGGUGCAGGGGUAACAGUCAGUGAAAGCAGAGACUGAGAAACCAACGGAUACUGAUAAACUGUAUGUCUUUGUACUUGCCUUUGACAGAAGGAAGUAGACGAAGAAGUUUUAGCUGGGUAACUUGACAAAUUAACAUGAGGACAUAUCUAACAGGACAGAGAGCGAAUGAAUCUUGAAAAGGCACCACCCGCCAGCCCCUCCCUCCUCUCUUUUGGCAAUACCAUCGGGGGACGAUCGAGGACUGAGAGACGGGACAAUUUGCUUUCGUAUAACGUCGUGUCCAAAAUAAAUGCUCCUGAAGAGUGGACGUACUGAACAGGUAUUCAUGGAGUGAAAGUAGGCCUUGUGAUUACGGCACGAACUGUACUUUUUGGAUUUUCAAAAUAAUUUACUGGAAAUUUUUAGCUAGCUGUGGUUUAUUGUGCAUGACUGUCCAGCAAGAACACAAGAGUGUCCUUUUUCAUCCGGCCAUAAGGAGAAAACUGCUGCUUCCGUCCACUGCUGCUGAGGUUAGCCGCAGUUUACAGUUUGGAUACUGCUCCCCAACUUUACUCAGCGUCACCCGUCUCUACCGCCCUCCGCCCCUCGUUUCUGUAUCGGUUGGCUGAGUUCAGCCGAACCGCCAUGGCACAACAACAGAUGCCAAGUUCCCAGAAAGCGCUCAUGCUUGAAUUGAAGUCACUGCAGGAGGAGCCGGUGGAGGGUUUCCGAAUUACUUUGGUGGAGGAGUCAGAUCUAUACAACUGGGAAGUGGCAAUCUUCGGCCCCCCCAACACACUCUACGAGGGGGGUUACUUCAAGGCUCGCGUCAAGUUCCCAAUAGACUACCCCUACUCUCCGCCCACUUUCAGGUUCCUCACCAAGAUGUGGCACCCCAAUAUCUACGAGAAUGGUGAUGUGUGCAUCUCGAUUCUGCACCCCCCUGUGGAUGAUCCCCAGAGUGGAGAGUUACCCUCGGAGAGAUGGAACCCCACACAGAAUGUCAGAACCAUCCUGCUCAGUGUGAUCUCCUUGCUGAAUGAGCCCAACACCUUCUCCCCGGCCAACGUGGACGCCUCCGUCAUGUUCCGCAAGUGGAGAGACAGCAAGGGCAAGGACAAGGAGUACGCUGAGAUCAUCAGGAAGCAGGUUCUCUCCACAAAGGCAGACGCGGAGCGGGAUGGGGUGAAGGUCCCCACUACACUGGCAGAGUACUGCAUACAGACCAAAGUGCCCUCCCAGGACAGCUCGGACCUGCUGUACGACGACCUGUACGACGACGACAUGGAGGAGGACGAGGACGAGGACGGAGAGCCGGCCGGGGCCGGGGCUGACUGUUACCAUGACGAGGAUGACUCCGGGAACGAGGAGUCCUGACCUUCCUCGUCGACCCCCCCCCCCGCCCCCCCGCCCCCACCACCGUCACCGCAGUUUACUGCACACUGGUCCCCCCCCCCCCUCCAAUCUGCAGUCCCGCACACACACGCACACACACGCGCGCGCACACACCUGCUGUUAUCUCUGGGUACUGUCCCUGAUUACUCAGACAGACCCACGAACUCGCCCCAUCUUUCGGACACAGAAAACUCUUUCUGUAAUAUGAGCCACCAUAUCCCAGAAUCCCUCUGACUCCCUCUCCUGUCUGUUGUACAAAAGACAGCUUUGUUCUGCCCUCUCUGGUGUGUAGAGUUAGAAGGUGGAGGUGUAGACUGUGUGCCUCUUCCAGAAAAGUACAGACAGUAACAAGGGACAUUUUCACCCAAACCUCAAUCCUUCCUCUCUCAAGCCUUCUCUUAUGCUGUCCCUCUCUCCAUCUCUUCACCGUCCUCUCUUCCCUGAUUCACCCUGUCUUCUGUUCCUCCAUCUGCCCAAACCCCAGCAGCUUUCCUCCUGAAUUUUUCGUUUUUUUUAUCACUUAUGUUGUUGGCUUUAGUGGUGGAAGGGAACUCAGCCAGACUGGCAUGGACUCAUUUCAGAGUUAAUUAAAUGGAACCCCACCUUUUCUAAGCCCCCCCACAUACACAUACACAUACCCAUACAGCCACACACACACACACACACACACACACAUACACAAUCCCCAGGAACCUGUCUUGUGUUCUCUGUCCCAGGCCAGAUUAUAUUACGUCAGGGAUCCAACUGGCUUCCUUCUUUUUUUCCCCAUUUCCUGGAUCUGGUCGACACCUAACGAGGUCGGGACAACGUGGAAAAACUCUGUUCACCUGGAACAAACGCAGGGGGCUCGGCUUUUUGAAUUAUGUGCCACCAGCUCCUUUAAAGACCUUUUAAAAUGGCCGUCUUUGGGCUGAAAGGAGGAGAAAGAGAUGAGCGGAAGAAAAGAAAAGAAAAGAAACGGGAAGGGAGCGGAAGGGAAGGGGCUCUCUCUCUCUGUCCCCUCCUGUCUCUGCAUGACGAUACAAAGCUGCGGCAGGAACCCAAGGCCUGGCGCCUCAGGGUGAGGAGGCAUUAACUCCGCCGAGCGGCGACUCCCUGGAAAAACAGGCUUAAAACGGGAAUAAACCAUGUCUGCGGGGGACUGAUACAAGAUUUGGAGGGGGGGGGAGGAGUUGUGCUGGGACAUAUCGCCAUGACGCCUGGCCUUUCCGUGGGGAAGCCGCUUUAGCCGGCAGGCCUCGCCCACUCUCCGCAGGACCGGCCAAUCGGGCGGCCUCUACACUGCAGGGUUGCCAAUGUCCCCGAAGCCGUCGGAAGUAAAAAAAAAAAAAAAACGAAAAGAAAUGUUAUGUUUUGGAAGGACAGCGAUAAUGGAGAAUAGCAUUAAGACAGCGCUGCAGUGCGCUCCACUGUUCUGUGGGGUCCUGCCCGGAAGCAUUCAUGCAAACUGAAUCCAGGAAUCUCCUGAUUGGCCACAAACACAGCGUAAGACAUUUAAACAACAGAACUGCACUACAAGCAUGUGUGGAAAAUAUAUGGAGGAGUGCUGGCAUCAUUGCGUUGGUGGUGUUGGGGGGGGGGGGGGCAAUGGGGGGUCGGUGUUUCUGUCUAAGGAGGGCUUGCAUGUGUGUUUGCGUGUGUGUUUGAAGUGCACCUUUUUUGCUUUUUUUUUUGUUUCACUUUUUUUCUGGUGAGAUAUUAAGAAUGCGCUGAAAGAACCAUUCGGAAGAACACACACAUCCACAAUUUAUCAUUGUCUUAAAAUGUUUUGAUCUUCUCUGAAAUGUGUGACUGUGAACUGAAGAGAGGCACUUUAUUUUGGUUUGGCUUCAAGUCACGAAACCUUUAGUGGCUCAAGCUGAAAGCAAGUGAAGUAAUUGUCCACACAAGCCAAUCCAUAUCAAUUUAGGAGUUCAUUUAACCCCCCCUCCUCCCUCCCUUCAGAGUUUUAGCAAAUGCACAGAUUAAUUAUUUGAGCAGAUGAGCUACAGCCAAAGACUUGCACUGUGCUAACUUCUCAAAUACUAACAGAUCAAAACUAACAAGACAUGGAGAGCGUUGUGGACAGUAUGCAGUACUAUAUAGCACCUAGCGCGAAGGUAGUUAUACAGUCAGUUCCUAUUGUGUUUGAUCCUGACUCAAGGCUCAACAGUAAGAUGUAAGGUGAGCUAUAGUGGAUUGUCUGAGGAGCUUUAUAUGCCUGGCUAAAUAUUGGAGUUUCUGUAGCUGUGCUGGUGAGGAGGGGCAUGGAUCAUGUUUUGUAGCACAACUGUUUGGGGAUGGAAACAGUAUACUAACAGAGUGAAACAUUAAAGGGGGGGUGUUGUUUUUAAGUCAUCAUGUAUAACAGUAUUUUAAAUGUGUUGUUACCAGUGUUGUGCUUUUUGAGUGUUUUUUUUUUUUUGUUUUGUUCUGUUUUGUUUUGUUUAUUUGUUUUUGCUCAGUGUCAUACUGCAUUCAUGAAGUUGUACCAGUAUUGUUAACGCGCUGUCAACUGUAUUGUCACUAUUCAAUAUAACUUACCUGGAGCGAGAAGCGGGACUGGGACUGCUCUGAAUAAAAUGAUGUAAUCUGCCAACUUGGAUCCCAAACUGCGCUCGGUGAUGGGGGCUUGAUCCAUUUAGAAGCAUUUAACAGCACCAAGCAUUUACAGAGAAGUAUUUCGAUGAAAGUGUCUGAAGAUGAUGAUGUGUGCUGUCAAGCCACAAAAAACCAUUGCUGUGCGCUCCAUUAUGGUUGGGCUUGUCAUUGCAGCCCCACAGUUUGUAUUUACCCUGCCCGUUGUGCAGGUGCUUUCAGGUAAUCCAUUAAUUGUUUAAGCAGACAAUGAAUGGGUUGGCACAGCUUGUGUUUCAGCGCUGAUGUGUUCACAUUUUUCAUCAACUAAAAUGCCUGGUCAGGCUUUUAUUUUAUUUUAUUUUUUAAUUUCUUUUUUUGGUUCUUCACUCAAAUAUGAAACAAGGUUUCAAAGAUUUGUUUUUCAGACCUGUCCUAUAAUUGUAAGGCUUCACGUUGCCAAGGUGUGGAGUGUGUGACUGAUGUUCCUUGCGGGGGGUUAGGGGUGAUUGUCAAUGAUGUAAGACAGGUUGACCGUAAAAUAUCCCGAAGGGGAGUUGAUGCUUAAAGGAAUUCUGGUAUAAAUUAAAAAAUAAAAAGGUAAUAAUGACA